UACUAAAUAUUAAUACUAGAACAAUUCGCUUUCUUCUUCCUUCGGCAACCGCUUCUUCCUUCCUUCUUCUUUUGUCUAAAAAGUCUUGUGAGAUCAAAAACUUUCUCCACAGAAACUUCCUUUUGAUUUUUUGUUAACUUCUUAAAGAGAAUGGAGAACACAAACAACUCUCGUGAUGUGGAGUCGAACCAAAGCCGAUCAUCAUCCGUUGACGCAACCCUAGCCGAUCCUUCCUCUCCUCCUCCUCCUCGCUCUACUUCUUCUUCUUCAGGCCUCCCUUUCUCUAAGAGUAAAUGCGCGAUUUGCUUGGAUGAGAUGAGGAAAGAAGACGGAAAGGCGAUAUUUACAGCAGAGUGCUCACACUCGUUCCACUUCGAUUGCAUCACCUCCAACGUCAAACACGGCAACAGGAUCUGCCCUCUCUGUAGAACCGAGUGGAAACAAGUCCCUCUGUUCGUUAAUGACCCUGUCCCUGUCCCUGUCUCUCCCUUCCCGGUUCAAACUGGUUUCGAAGACGACGAGUCUUUACCUACUCACGGAGGGAGCGAGUCUUCUGGUGUUGUUGUUGCUGCUCAUCAUCGUCAAGCUCUGGAGAUUAAACUUCUCCCGCAAGUCUCUGCGGUUGAGAGAUCUGUUACUCGUGGCGAUUUCGCUGUUCUUGUUCAUCUCAAAGCGGAGGGUGCUAGUGGUGAUGAUGAUAGGACGCCAAGGACAACUACACGUGCUCCUCUUGAUCUCAUCACGGUUCUUGACGUGAGCGGGAGCAUGGAAGGUACGAAGCUGCAGCUCUUGAAAAACGCUGUCGCGUUCGUGAUCGAUAACCUCGGAGAGACGGAUAGGCUCUCAGUGAUCGCCUUCUCCUCAAACGCACGCCGUCUGUUCCCUCUCAGGGUGAUGACCGAGACUGGGAAGCGAGAGGCUAUCCAAUCUGUCAACUCCUUGGUCGCUGGCGGUGGGACUAAUAUCGCGGAAGGGCUCAAGAUCGGAGCCAGAGUGAUUGCUGAUAGGAGGUGGAGGAACCCUGUUUCCGGGAUGAUGCUUUUGUCUGACGGAAGAGAUAACUUCACUCUCUCUCGCUCUCAGAUGCGUUUGAGAACUGAUUACGAGUCUCUCCUUCCGAGCUCCGUGAACAGGAUCCCGAUUCAUACGUUUGGGUUCGGGGUUGAUCACGACGCUGAGCUCAUGCACACGAUCUCGCAAGUCUCUAGCGGGACGUUCUCGUUUAUAGAGGCGGAGAGUGUGAUCCGGGACGCGUUUGCGCAGUGCAUCGGAGGGCUACUCAGCGUUGUGGUUCUUGAUCAGGUUGUUGAGAUCGAGUGUCUUCACGAGGGAGGGUUGAAGAUAUCGUCGAUUAAAGCGGGGAGCUAUAGAAGCAGAGUGUCGUCUGAUGGGAGAAGCGCUAAGAUCGAUGUUGGAGACAUGUACGCGGAGGAAGAGAGGGACUUUUUGGUGAUUCUUGAACUCCCUCUUUGCGAGGAAGAGUCGAUGAGGUUGGUGAAGAUCAGAUGCGUUUAUAGAGAUGCUGUGAGCAGAGAGAUAGUCCGCGUGGAGUCGGAAGAGCUGAGCAUCGGAAGGCCAGAGGAGGUGACUGGUGAAGAAGUUGUGUCUGUAGAGGUAGACAGACAGCUAAACAGGUUCCUUGUGUCGGAAGCUAUGUCCGAGGCUAGGAUUUUAGCCGACGGUGGUGACUUGGAGGGAGCGGUUGGGGUUCUGAGGAACCGAGAGAGGGUGUUGGCUGAGACGCAGUCCGCUCGGGGCGGCGACGGGCUUGUUCAGUCGCUGUCGUCGGAGCUGGGGGCUUUGCAAGAGAGGAUGAGUAGCAGGAGGAUGUACGAGAGAUCAGGGAGAGCCUACGCCUUCUCUAGCAUGAGCUCGCAUUCGGCACAAAGGGCAACGGCUCGUGGAUGGCCUACUUGUGGCUCGCCAGCGCCACAGGCUUAUCAGACGUCUUCGAUGGCGAGAAUGGUGGGCAGGUCUCAGGAACUUGGGAUUAAAGGCACUAAACCGUCCCCUGCUCCUCGAGACCGAAGCUGAAUCUGAGAGAAAAAAUGACUCUAGUAGUAAUUAAUGGGUUGUGUGUUGAUGAUUGCUUUUGCUUUUGCUUGUUUUUUUUUUUUUAUGGUUUGAUUAAAAACUGAGUUGGUUCAGUCUCUGA